GGGUCCUUCCACAAUAACAUCAUGGCUGCCCUCUGUAGAGGCAGACCCAGGUGGAAAAGAUUGAACUGUUUGCAGAUUUUUACCAGAAACUUCUCAGGGAAAUAUGACUAUGACUUGGUGGUUAUCGGUGGCGGUUCUGGAGGCCUGGCCUGCUCCAAAGAAGCGGCCCAGCUGGGACAGAAAGUGGCUGUUCUAGAUUAUGUGGAGCCGUCUGCGAAAGGAACCAAAUGGGGUCUCGGUGGCACGUGUGUCAAUGUUGGCUGCAUUCCUAAGAAGCUCAUGCAUCAGGCCGCUCUCCUUGGUACCGCAGUCAAGGAUGCAAAGAAGUACGGCUGGCAGAUGCCAGAUAUGGUCCACCAUGACUGGGCUACAAUGGCAGAGGCAGUUCAGAACCAUGUCAGAUCGUUAAACUGGGGCCACAGAGUCCAGCUUCAAGACAAGAAGGUAAAAUAUCUGAACCUCAAAGGCAGUCUGCUGGAUGAACACACAGUGAGAGGUCUGAGCAAAGCAGGGAAGGAGACCAUCCUGACCGCCGAGAACAUUGUGAUCGCCACAGGUGGACGACCCAAGUACCCAACACAAAUCCCCGGAGCGGCAGAGCACGGCAUCACUAGUGACGACGUUUUCUGGCUAAAGAAGUCUCCUGGAAAAACACUCGUGGUCGGAGCAAGCUAUGUUGCACUAGAGUGUGCCGGCUUCUUCACAGGCAUCGGCUUGGACACCACGGUGAUGGUUCGCAGCAUCGCCCUCCGGGGCUUUGAUCAGCAAAUGGCAGGUCUGGUGACGGAUUACAUGGAAGCGUACGGGACCAGGUUUGUUUGGAGGUCCGUGCCGAAAAGAGUGGACAAGCUGUCCUCAGGAGCCCUGCAGGUGACGUGGAGCGACAGCGAGACGGGCAUGGAGCACAGGGACACCUACGACUCGGUGUUAUGGGCUGUUGGCAGAGCUCCUGAAACCAAAGCCCUGGGCCUCGACCAGCUGGGCGUGCAGCUCAACAAACAGACGGGGAAAAUAGUUGUAGGCCCUGAUGAAGCCACCUCGGUGCCACACGUCUACGCUUUGGGUGACAUCAGCGAG